ACUUCCCCGGAAGUGACUCUCAAUCUUUAUUUGCAGAGCAGCGCUCGUCCCGUUAUUCUGUGUAAUUGUUUUUAUCAUUAAUUUCUCUGUGUUUUUGGAAAAGACACAUUACUGAUUUCGGCGAAAUAGGCAAAGCCCAGCGUGGCAUUGCCUGCCAGUUUGUAGAAAUGUCAUAAAUAUGGUGUAAAAGGAAGAAGCGAGUUUUACAUUCGGUGGGCGGUCUUUUUCUUCAUCAUUAAUAAUCACCGGGAGGAAUUUCUCUGUUUUAUCAAACGCAAGUAUGUCAGGAAAACAUUUCAACGUGCACGAAGUGGGCUGUUGCAUCAAAUACUUCAUAUUUGGAUUUAAUAUUAUAUUUUGGCUGCUGGGGGUGGCGUUCCUGUCUGUGGCUCUGUGGGCCUGGAGUGAGAAGGGGGUUCUCUCCAACAUAUCCUCCAUCACAGAUCUGGGCGGGUUUGAUCCAGUGUGGCUGUUCCUCGUGGUGGGUGGAGUGAUGUUCGUGCUCGGCUUCGCAGGAUGCAUCGGUGCUCUAAGGGAAAACUCCUUUCUACUUAAGUUUUUUUCCGUUUUUCUGGGAAUCAUAUUUUUCCUGGAGUUGACCGCGGGAGUCUUGGCGUUUGUCUUCAAGGACUGGAUUAAAGACCAGCUCAAGUUCUUCAUCAACAACAAUAUUAGAGCAUACAGAGAUGACAUUGACCUACAGAAUCUCAUUGAUUUCACACAAGAUUAUUGGGAGUGUUGUGGCGCUUUUGGGCCUGAAGACUGGAAUCUGAACAUUUACUUCAAUUGUACUGACACUAAUCUGAGCAGAGAGAAAUGUGGGGUUCCCUUUUCCUGCUGCACCAAGGACCCUGCUGAGGAUGUGAUAAACACACAGUGUGGAUAUGACAUUCGAGAGAAAGAUGACAACGAACAGAAGAUGUUUAUACACACAAAAGGAUGUGUACCACAGUUUGAGAAAUGGUUACAGGAGAAUUUAACCGUAGUUGCCGGAAUCUUCAUAGGAAUUGCACUUCUGCAGAUAUUUGGGAUCUGCCUGGCACAGAAUCUUCUGAGUGACAUCGAGGCGGUCAGGGAGAGCUGUUUGUUCACCUGAAGCACUCGAGCCGUUCUGCUGACGGAUCCUCCAUUUCUCUGUCAGUCAGCAGCAGGGUUGGCACAUUGUCAUCACAGUAUCCUAGCAACCAGUGAGGGAUUCCAUUCACAUACCUCCUUUAUAUUUCAAUGUACAGCAACAUCUUCUUGUUUUGCUUUGAUUUUCUUUUAAUCCUUCAAUUACAAAAUGUAACAGUGUUAGCACACAACUCAGUUGUCAUCUUGAAGAAACACUUAAAGGAAUAGUUCAGCCAUAACUGAAAAUUUGCUGAAAAUGUACUCACCAUCAGGCAAUCCAACAUGUAAAUGAGUCUAUUUGGAGAAAUGUAGCAUCACAUGCUCCCCAAUGGAUCCUCUGCAGUGAAUGGGUGCCGUCAGAAUGAGAGUCCAAACAGCUAAAAAAAAAAUCAAAAUAAUCCAUAAGCAACACAACUCCAGUCCAUCAGUUAACAUCUUGUGAAGUGAAAAGCUACAUGUUUGUAAGAAAAAACCUAAAUUAAAGUGUUUUAACUAAAUCAUUGCUUCUGGACAAAAUACCAUUGUCCAUAUUAACACAUCACAAGACAUUAAUUGAUGGAGUCAUGUGAUGUUUUUAUCAGCUGUUUGAACUCUUAUUCUGACGGCACCUAUUCACUAGCCUUUUCAGCAAAUUUUAAUUUUUGGGUAACUAUUCAAUUAAAGCCACUUGCAUUCUGUCUGUAACAUUUAUACAUAACAUAUGUUAUGUUAUGUAACAUGAUAGGUAAAAAUGGAUAGCCUGAAUGCACUGUAAGUCGCUUUGGAUAAAAGCGUCUGCUAAAUGCAUACAUUUUAUUUUAAUUUAAUAAACUUUUGGUUUAUUUACAGUAUAUAUCCUUCAGAGGAGCGUUUUUGACACUAAGGAUUGCAUUUUGCAAGUUAAAAUUAAUGCAGCUAAAUCAUAUAAUUGAUCUGUUGGGUAGAAGAAGCAAUGGUUCAGUUAAUGAGUUGUUUCAACAUAGGCAAAUGCAAGCAGUGUUUAUAGGCUAUUAUUAGUUCUGAAUGAGUCUGUGCACUUUUUCUGCAUUUUCUGCACUGUUUGUAGGGAGGGGAAAUAAAUCUGCAUAAUUACGCAGAAUGGGCAUUUAAUUGAUAAAAUGUGUUUGCUAAUGCUAAGAGUACUAUAGUUCUAUUGGUAGCUAAUAGCAUGAUCAAAUUAGGCUUUAUUACUUAAGGGGGUUGUGUAGAAUGUGUGGAAAUCAGAUUCUGUGCAUACCCAGUUUUAGUGAGACAGUAGUAGCCUGCAGAUUGUGUUCAAUGAAGAGUUACGGUCUACUUCACACUACAUGAGUGUUUGACUCACAUUAUGACUUUUAAAUGUACAUAAUCCAUUGAGACUUUAUUUUGUUCACAUUGUCAGAUUGUGUGUGUGUAUUACCUAUUUAAUGGAUUUUAUAAAACACAGUUGCUUUUGAAACUAAGGGAAAAUGCUUUGCAUGCUUAUUUGGAAUAACACUACAUUUUCCCAGUGUGUUCAGCUAUAUGAAGACAUUUUUGUGAAUCGCUAUGUUUAUCUGUACUGGAUUCAAAUUAUAGCCACUGUGUAAGUAAUGGUGUCACCUAGAAUGUUUUUAAAACAUCGGCACUAAGAUUUUGCCAGAUUUAAGACUGGAAGAAAAAACUAGGUAUAUGGGUGAAUUUCAUGUCAAAUAACAUCCAAAAAAUGUAAAAAAAUUUGUUUUAAUAAGCUUAUUUUUCUUAACAUUAAUGCUGUGAGUGACAUAAUUUUAAUGGCAUUUAAACAUGUUGUCCUUUCUAAUUUUCAGUACUAUAAUGUUAAAAAUAUCUGCAUUUUUAUUAUUAUUUAAUUAAUUCAUAUGGGAGUAUUUGUUGUAUUCCUUUUAAUUUCUAAGAAUUGUAAUAAUAGUGGAAAAAAAAUCCAGAUUCCAGACGAUGUCAUUUUCAAUACAGUUAGAUGUGAAUUGCAAAAAAAACUAUUGGUAAUGUUAGCGAAAAAUCUUGAUGGUACAGAAUAGGCUCAAUUUCAUAGUUAUUAUCUUAGAAUUGAGAGAAAUUGGAGAAUUUAAAGAUUUUGAUGAGAGCAUCUGCCAAAUGCAUAAAUAUAAAAGGUAUGGAUUAUAAUUCUUACAUGUUAUGAGAUUCACCCAUAUGCAUGAUAUUGAAUCAUGAAAUAUUUCUGAAAUCAGGGUGUCUUUACCAGAAAGAUGAUGAGAAUGUUUUGCUCUGAUUGUGAAAUGAAUCUGCAGCCUGUUAGAUAGUGGUGUUGUGACUUUUGUAAAAACAGGGUUUGUGAGAUUAUUUGAAACACAAGCUAAUGUAUUGAAUCCCUAUGGUUGUGAUUAUGCCUUUUCACUUUACACUUUCCUGGUGUGUGUAACCUUAAUAUAUCAUAAUAUGUUUGUUUUUAGUUCAUUAAAGUAUUGGACAGUCUUGGUGAAAGGUAAAACACUAACUGGUUUUGCAGGAUGUGCACGGUGAAACUAGAGAACAGGGACAUUUUAGUAUUAAAAAUAUCCAGGUCUAAACGAAUCCAUCCACAUUGUUGACUGGAAGUGCCAUAUGAUUAAAUAUUGUCAUAUUUUUCCAAUUUCUCAAAAAACAAACAAACCCAGCAACACAAUUUCAUAAUAAAAGCAAGUCUUAGUGUUAAAUCUUGUAAAAGAAAAAAUGUAUCAUACUGUAUAAUCAUAUUGUUUGUAAUUUUUCUGAGCAAGAUUAUUACAACUUUAUCCUUACAGUUAUUGCACUAGCUGUGAACGGGCCAUAAAUGUUGUCUCAAUAAUGGCAUACUUGAGAAAAAAAAAAGAAAAGGAGGUGGAUUUGCAUUUCUUAUAUUUGUCCAGAAAUGUAUUUUGUUUUAAUUCUUAUUUUCCCUGUUUCUGUGUCAUUUCCUCAUAUUAAUUCUACAUGACCUUAUUUAACAAAUGUUAUAAAAAAUUUACAUUGUUUACCAAGAUGGUGGUAUUGGAAACAAUAAAUUUGAUAUGUUUUUGUA